UUCAUAUCCCUCUUCGCCUCCUCACAUCGGUUCUAUUCAAACCCUAAUCUUUCAAAUCUCUCUCUCUCCAUUUAUUUAUAUACGUUUCAAUCAUCGAUUUAUGGUUGAAAGUUCCAAUCUUUAUUUAUAGAAAUAGAAAGAUCUAAGGGAUUCAAAGAGAUCCGUAUUUAUUCCGGCGAUUCGUCGGAAUUGUUGAGGGUAAUUUGGUCAUUUCAUUGAAAAAUGUCGAUUUUGUCGAAAACAGAUUCGAUUCACAUUAGAGAGGUUUGGAUUGACAAUUUGGAAGAAGAAUUUGCUUUAAUGCGUGAAAUUGUUGAUGAAUUUCCUUACAUUGCAAUGGAUACUGAGUUUCCAGGUGUUGUUAUCCGACCGGUUGGGAAUUUUAAGAAUAUUAAUGAUUAUAAUUACCAAACCCUAAAGGAUAAUGUUGAUAUGUUGAAAUUGAUUCAGUUAGGGUUGACUUUUUCGGAUGAAAAUGGUAAUUUGCCUAAAUGUGGGACUGAUAAAUAUUGUAUUUGGCAGUUUAAUUUUCGUGAAUUCAACCCUAAUGACGAUGUUUUCGCGAAUGAUUCGAUUGAGUUGUUGCGAGAAAGCGGUAUUGAUUUUAAGAUGAAUAAUGAAAAGGGAAUUGAUGCUAAGCGUUUUGGUGAGCUUUUGAUGUCGUCGGGGAUUGUGUUGAAUGAUAGUGUGUGUUGGGUUACGUUUCAUAGUGGUUAUGAUUUCGGAUAUUUGGUAAAGUUGUUGACUUGUCAGGAUUUGCCUGAUACGCAAGAAGGGUUUUUUACGUUGAUCAAUGUGUAUUUUCCUGUCCUUUUCGAUAUCAAGCAUUUGAUGAAGUUUUGCAACAGUCUUCAUGGUGGAUUGAACAAGCUUGCAGAGCUGUUGGAGGUUGAGAGAGUUGGUAUUUGUCAUCAGGCGGGUUCAGAUAGCUUGCUUACGGCUUGUACGUUUAGGAAGUUGAAAGAACAUUUCUUUAGCGGUUCACUGGACAAGUAUGCCGGUGUGUUGUAUGGUUUAGGUGUUGAAAAUGGGCAAUGAAAAAAAAUUAAAAAUUAAAGAAGGAUAGAUGUUUAUUACUUGUGUGUGAUGUAUGAUGCCACAUCCAAUGUGUACUUUUGUUAAAAAAGGUUUUGUGGUUAUUUAUAAUAUCCACCUUAUUUUGGUUUGA